GCCCUUGCUCUUUGGGAUUUGUCUCAAACAGCAGUUGCCCUUCACUUUAUUAUUAUGCGAAAAGGUUUUACUUGGAAUUAUUACGUGGGACUACUGCAGUAUCUCUCGCUCACUCACAAAACUGGGGAACUAACUCCGGCCGGACAUUCUUCAAAACCCCUAAAGGAGUACGCGGCAGCACGUAGAAGAAACCCUAGAAUGGAUUCGGAAGAAAUCGAAGAAGCUUUAGACUGGUUGGAUAACUCUAAAGAUUGUGGAACUGCUUCAAUUCAUCUGUAUUCUAGACGACCUAAUGCUCAUGGUGGUCAUCUGUCAAGCACUUUUCAACCCCUCUCUAAUCGAAACCAGAGAUUUACUAGUCAUCUUCGACCUUCCCCAUUAGAGGAAUGGGAAGGAAGGGAAAACAUGAGCAUGCCCAAUUCUGUUACAACUGCUAUUCGUCAAAGUCUCCGAGAAACCGCCAUUGGUAAAACUAAAACCGCUGACAAAAGAGACCGUGCUUCUGUUGAACAGGCUAUUGAUCCAAGAACUCGUAUGGUGUUGUUCAAAAUGCUGAAUCGCGGUAUAUUCGAUGAUAUAAAUGGCUGCAUUUCUACCGGGAAAGAAGCCAAUGUUUAUCAUGCGACGAAAGAGGAUGGUCAAGAAUUUGCAGUAAAGGUCUAUAAAACUUCAGUUCUAGGAUUCAAGGAUAGGGAUCGUUAUAUACAAGGGGAUUAUCGUUUUAGGUAUGGAUACUGCAAGCACAAUCCUAGGAAAAUGGUUAAGACUUGGGCAGAAAAAGAAAUGAGGAAUCUUAUGAGGUUAAAGGCAGCGGGGAUCAGGUGCCCAACUCCAAUACUUUUGAGACUUCAUGUUUUGGUCAUGGAAUUCGUAGGAAAAUCAGGGUGGGCUGCUCCUCGUCUCAAGGAUGCAAAUCUCUCUGAAGACAAGAUGCGUGAAUGUUAUGUGCAGAUUAUUAUGGUGAUGCGAAAUUUAUACCAAAAGUGCAAACUGGUGCAUGGAGACUUGAGUGAGUAUAAUAUACUCUAUCACGAGGGUAACUUGCACAUAAUUGAUGUUUCCCAAUCUGUGGACCUUGACCACCCUCUUGCCUUAGACUUCUUACGUGAGGAUUGCAUACAUGUUUCUGAUUUUUUCAAGAAGAAUGGUGUGGAAGUUAUGACCAUACAGGAACUGUUCGAUUUUGUAGUAGAUUCAUCUAUUACUGAUGAAUCUGUGGAAUCUUAUUUAGAAGAGGCUCAACGGAAAAUUUUGGCUAGGGGAGAUUUGAUGUCCGUGGAGGAUAAGAAGUUGUACAUCCCAAGGACGCUUGAUCAACUGAAGGACACCGAGGAGGAUGUUGACAGGAAUGCAAGUUGCCAGGGUUGCGAAGGUUUGACAAAUAUAGUUACAGAACUGGAGCACUCUCUUUUCCCAGCUCAAAAACAGUUACUAAAGGAUCUAAAGGAAUGGGACCCAUAUGAUACCUCUACUGAACAGACAGACAUCUCAAACAACAGCGCAACACAGUCCGGAACAGAUGAAGAUGAUGAUUCGAGGAAGGACGGUAGACAGGAGACACUAGUCCCUGCAGAUAAAAAAGCAGCUCGAAAAGAGAACAAGAAGAAAGUGAAAGAAGAGAAGAGGGAAGCGCGCAAGACCAAAACCCCAAAAGCUGUGAGGAAAAAGAAGAAGAAACUUUCCAAAAACAUCAAAGCCAGGUAAUUUUUAUUAGUAGCAUAAUUUCCAGGGCUUCAUGUUCGGAGAUUUUUUAUUUUUUUAGGUAUAGAGUUUAUAAAGAAUUUUUGUUUCAUUAUCUUGUGAGUUUGUCGAUUUCAGCAUAUCCUAGUUUCCACUUUUUUGCCAAAUUAUACACUAGUAGUAGCCGGCUUCAACUUACUUUGUAAAUAUGAAAAGGCUAAGACUGUUUGAUAUCAAUGAAAGAAAAUUA